GAGAGUGAGUGAGUGAGUGAGGGUUGAUUGUUGGUCUUUUUGGCGUUGCUUCAUUUUCAGUGACGGAGGGCUGGCUGGGGGGGCCGCACGGCCUAGGCCUGGCUCUGGGCCUGACUGUAGGCCGCGGGCCGGUUGUAGUCAGGUCGGUGCUGACCUGUCCUGGGGCCUGCUCUCUCUCUCUCUCUGUGUCUCAGUGUACCCGCGGCCUGUGGAUGUUUGCUCUGACCGUUACCGAGUUUCCUGCCCGAUGACGGAUUGAAAGCAGUGAGCCCGCUCUGUGUGUGCUUUCGUUUUCUUUCUCUUGAAUUUUUUAUAAAAUUUCGCCUGAUAAUUCCCCCGUCUAGAUCCCAGCCGCUUGCUCUUCAGUGAUCGUACUGCUGCCCAAAUGGAGAGACGUAGGGCAUCAACUCAACCUGCUCACCAGGAUGGACCAGGGACAUUAAAGUCUGGGGACAAAUUUAAAAUUCCAAAGAAGAAAAAAGUCUCCGAGAAGGACAAUGUAGAGACUCAUUCUCCUCUAUCCCGACUUACUGAAUCCAGAAUUGAAAAUUUAAGACCGUCGCAUAAGCGCUGGCCAUUCUCUUAUAAUACUUUCAAUAAAACAAGAAAUCGAGACUCGAUUGCUUAUAGUCAACGGAGGAAAUGCCAUUCAAAGCACAACUUCCAAGGAGAUGAUGUUCAAUUGAAGGAAGCCAGAAUUGUACUCAGAGAUGUGCUGAUGACAGAUUCAGGAAGACAACAUUUGCUGCACGUAAAAAAGCAAGACUAUAGUAAUGUCGAAAGUACUGACACUUCACAUGCAAAAAAACAUCACACAUCAACAACCAGUGAACUAAAAGAUAAUUGUUACGUGGAAACCAAAACAUCUCACCAAGAUAGUCAGUCCAACAUUUUAUCCAGCAGGGGAGUGCAGUCUGAGAAGAGAUUAGAAUGUAGUAUCUCAGAACAGAGUGAAAACGUAACCAGACUGAAGGAAAGUAGUACAUCACCCGGAAGAAUAUCUGGGAAAGAUGAUAAAGGUAUUUAUGCAAUAGAACAGACAGAAAAAAGAGGUCAGUUGUGUGAACAGAAUAAAAUAAAUAAAGGCACAUCAACAGAAUCACCUCUUUCAAGCCCUAAGAAGAAAAGAUUAUGUACUAAUCUUCAGGAUCAUUCUAACCAAAAAGAUGUUAAUAGUGCUGCACCAUCACAGAAAUAUGGUGAAGAUUUGUUGAAGAAAAUGCUUGUAUGUCUAACUUGCAAAGAGCAAACUGAAAACUGCCAUUGCUUCAGUACAGAUAGCAAUAAUGGACAAGAACUGGAUGUUCAUUUUAUGGAGAUAGCACAGGUGGAGUCAUGUCUACAGCAGGAACAGCUUUCUCCCUUGAGACAACAAAACUCCAAAUAUGUGGACCAACAGUUAGUCGAUGCCAACCCUUCAGUCCCUGAUGGGAAUUUUCAACUAAGGGAAUCUCUACAUACUUCAGUAACAAAUGAACAAAAACUUGGUGAAGAAAUCUUGAACACUCCUAUGUUGAGUAGCCAGGUUAAGCAUUUGAAAUCCACAGUAGUUUCAAGUGAACCAAUUGUCCUUUCCAGUGAUGAAGAAGAUACAGAUAAAAUAGACGCUCGUAUCCAUUGCACCACGUUAACUCCAGAAAUUAAGUGUUUACGUCUGGGAAGUAGACUAUUGUCAACUGAGAGCAAUAAAAGAGACUCUGAGAUUGGUUCAGCAAGGCUGGAGCCAGAGAAUAUCAAGGGUGCACAUGAAGUAACCGAGAAGAAUACAUUAUUAGAUAUGAUCCAAAGUAUGGAUUAUUGUUUGGAAAAUAAUUUUGCAAUGACUGAAGCAACAAUGGAUCUAGCAUUUGCUGCCAUGCAUAUGGGGGAAAUUGAUGGAAAUGAACAAGGUUCUGUAAAGUUUAGUCGUAACAACAUUGCAAUAUCCUUUUCAGGUCCUUGUGAUAUAAACCAUUCAUUACUACUGGAUACCUUUCACUUAAAGAAAUACAGCCUGUUUGACACAGUUUGUGAGAGUCAUUCUGUUAUUUUCUUAUGGUUUGCUGCGGAUUAUAUAGAUGAACUUAACAAACAGCUACAAACCAGUUCUUCAAAACAUGCUUGUAAUUGCAAUGAAUUUAUCUUCAUUCAACUUUUCAAACCUUUGCAAGCAACAGAAAUAGCAACUUUGAAGAAAAUCAUGACUGAUAUCGGUGAAAAGAAUGAGACUACAGACUUGUGUGAUAUCAUGCCAUUGGAUGAAACUUAUCAGCUACUGUCUAGAUUUAGUUCUGAGCAGAGCUCCUUUCGGUCAUUGUGCUACAAAACCUUACAAGAACAAAUGGAUAUGGCUUCGUUCUCACAGGAGUCCCAUUUGUCUCAGGAAGAAAAUGCAAGCUCAAUGAAGUCAAAUAAUUACACCCUGUGUCAUAUACGAAGGAAAGACCAGUAUAUGGUUUCAAUUGCUUCAAAGCAAGAGAAGGAGAAGCACAUAUUUAAGCAAAGUGGUCCAGUUCAGAAAAUAAUAGUAUUCCCCCCUCCUCCAACUAAAGGAGGACUUGCAGUUACUACUGAAGACCUAGAAUGUUUGGAAGAGGGAGAGUUUCUCAAUGAUGUUAUCAUUGAUUUCUAUUUAAAGUAUCUUUUACUAGAGAAAGCACCCAAAGAACUUGCUGAGCGCACUCACAUUUUUAGUAGCUUCUUUUAUCGACGUCUAACCCGAAAGGAUAAUGCUGGAUCAGAGGAAGCAACUAACCUCUCAAUACAGCACAAGAGACACCAGCGCGUGAGAACAUGGACACGACAUGUAGAUAUCUUUACAAAGGAUUUUAUAUUUGUCCCUGUUAAUGAAGAGUCACAUUGGUAUCUUGCUAUUAUUUGUUUUCCUGCGUUAGACAAAAUAGUUUAUGAAACUGAUGUUGCCUCUGAAACAAAGGCAAGCAAAUUACUUCCAAAUCCAUCUUCCACACACUUACCUAGUGAAGAAAAAACAAGUCAAGAACAAGAGCCAUCAUCUGAUGAAUCUGAUGGGAAUACCACUCUGAAUUCGCUGUCACAGGAUUCAACAAAUAUUGACUCUAGCAGUGUUCCUUCCAUAACUUCAGUGUCCAGCACGAGGAUGCAGGGAUGUAUAAAGGCCCCCAUCAACCUACACCAACAAAAAAAAAGGAUACUCAAACAGCCCUGCAUUCUUAUUAUGGAUUCACUAAGAGCAGCUUCACAAUUACACACAGUAAAAAUUUUACGAGAGUAUCUACAGAUUGAGUGGGAAGUGAAAAAAAGAGGACAGCGCAGUUUCACAGCAGAAACCAUGAAAGGCUCAGUUCCUAGAGUUCCUAAGCAAGAUAACAGCAGUGACUGUGGCAUUUACUUACUGCAGUAUGUGGAAAGCUUCUUUCAGAAACCCAUCACAAGUUUUGAAUUACCUUUGCAGCUGGAUAAUUGGUUUCUGCGAGAGGAGGUAAAGAAAAAGCGGGAGGAAAUACAAGAUUUAAUUCUACAGUUACACAGCCAGCAGAGAACUGAUAACUAAUCAACCUGCAAAUGAAGGACAGAUAUUGUAACCGAUCAUUUCAAAGCUGCUGAUCAUCAAGUAUCCACACAUCUUGGAAAUAUGAAGAUUUUAAAUUCAACUGUAAAUUUUGAACCAGCUGACCAAUAAUGUGUAGCACAUUCAAUUAGCUCUGUUUAUAGUGGUGUACAGUUUAAUAAAUUAUACUGUUUGACUUUU